AUGAUUGGAUUCAGAAAACUUAAAGUUGACCACAAGAGUACAAUAAAAGCAAUUUACACGGGUUCUGAAUUUCUGGAGAGUGUUUUUGCUGGUGUUGAGGCUCGAUGCUUAUUUGUUUCGUCGAUUUCAGUUAUUCAGGAUUCACUCCACGAACAUAAACAACGGGUGGACUUGCCAAAAAGUACUUUUCCUUCGGAUAAAGAGAGAAGACAUUUCUACCUUAGAGCUACAAAAGAGUACACGGAUGCGGCAUGGGACUUUGUGAAAAUGGUAGAAAGAAAUUAUGGUUUUCCAAAUAAAAUUAUCUGUCCUUGUAAGAAGUGUCGAAACUUAAAUCAUCAUUGUGUUGAUGAUGUUUUUGAGCACUUAGUUAUAACCGGAAUGGAUCCAACUUAUCGUAUUUGGGUUCACCAUGGAGAGCAACCCAUUGAUACUCAAGUUGACGAAGUUUCGAAUGAUAUGGAUGCAUUUGAUUUAUACACGACUGCUGCCAUGGAUGAUGUGGACAAUAAUAUAGGUUGUGGAGGUGGUGAAGACGAUGAAUUUGUUAACGAAGAUCUUCAAAAGAAGUUGGAGGAUGCGGAAACUCCUUUAUAUGAAGGGAGUGAGAAAUACACAAAACUUUCAUCAAUUGUAGCUUUAUAUAGGUUGAAGAAUCUGAAUGGUUGGACAGACAAAAAUUUUACAAAGCUUUUAGAACUCCUUUGUGAUAUGUUUCCCAAAAACAAUGUACUUCUUGAUUCCAUGUACUCAGUUAGGAAAUUUUUGAGAAAUUUCGAUUUGAAAUAUGAAAAGAUUGAUGCUUGUAUUAAUGAUUGUUGCUUAUUUAGAAAGGAGAAGGCUAAAAUGGAUGUUUGUCCAAAGUGUAGUGUUUCUAGAUGGAAAGUUGAUAAACACACAAAGAAUGUUAAAGUUGGUGAGGCUGCCAAAGUUUUGAGGUAUUUUCCGAUAAUACCCCGAUUGAAAAGAUUGUUUAGAUCAAAAGAAAUGGCUGAAAACUUAAGGUGGCAUUUCACUCAUAAAAGUAUUGAUGGGAAGAUGCGACAUCCAGUGGAUACACCUGCUUGGGAUUCCAUUAAUGAAAGAUGGCCAGAGUUUAAUCUUGAACCACGCAACCUUAGGCUCGGACUAGCUGCUGAUGGAAUUAACCCCUAUAAAAGUCUAAGCUCCACUUAUAGUUGUUGGCCAGUGAUGCUUGUUAUCUAUAAUUUACCACCUUGGUUGUGCAUGAGGGACGAAAAUACAUUUUUGUCAUUAUUGAUUCUAGGUCGUAAACAACCUGGAAACGAUAUUGAUAUUUAUUUGGAGCCUCUUAUUGAAGACUUAAACAAGUUGUGGAAUAAUGGAGUGCAUACUUAUGAUGCAUUCGACAAAAGCUUCUUCAAUUUGAAGGCAAUGUUGUUGUGGACAAUAAACGAUUUUCCUGCAUAUGGAAAUCUUGCUGGGUGUACAAGCAAAGGCAAGACAGCUUGCCUGAUUUGUGGUAAUGAUACAUGUGCAACUAGGCUAAAACAUAGUAAAAAAUUUUCAUACCAAAAUACUAGGAGAUUUCUCCCGUUUGAUCAUCCAUAUCGGUCUAAGAAAGCAUGGUUCAAUGGAGCUACAGAAGAAAGGGCCCCCCCUAAAGUUUUGAGUGGUAGUGAAAUUGUUGAAGAACUAAAUCAAAUUACCAACGAUUUUGGAAAAAAUAUGAAUCCCAAAAAAAGGAGUCGGGAUAAUAAGGUGGAAGGAAUGUGGAAGAAGAAAUCUAUAUUUUUCAAUCUACCAUAUUGGGAGGUUUUGUUAGUUCGUCAUAAUAUAGAAAAAAAUGUGUGUGAUAGUAUUAUUAGCACAUUGUUGGGCUUGAAUGGAAAAUCCAAAGAUCAUCUUAAUGCUCGAUUGGAUUAA